UCAGUGCAGCAAAGCUAACAAGCUUGUCAGCGAGUUACCACCAAUUUUCAGCCAUCGGUUUUUUCUCUUAAGUGUAUAAAAAUGAGUGGGGGAGCUGGACCAAGUAAGAAGACAAAAACUUAUCACUUUCAUACGGAAUGGGUGGAGGACUUUUUUUUCACGAUGACAUUUUCGAAGUGCGUUUGCCUCAUCUGCCAAUCUGUCAUUGCAAUACCAAAGAAGGGAAAUGUGGAGCGGCAUUUUCGGACUAUUCAUGGAAAAUACGACACCGACUUCCCGCUGAAAAGCGAGCUGAGAAAGAGAAAGGUGAAGGAACUGAAAUCCCAGUUGUCCGGACAGCAGUCAUUUUUCACACAACAAACUUCAAAAGCGAAAGUCGCCACCGAAGCAUCAUUCCGGGUGAGUCACAUCAUCGUUAAUAACAAGAAGUCCUUCCAAGACGGAGAGAUGGUAAAGGAGGCAUUCGUUGAAGCAGCUGACUCAUUGUUCCGAAACUUUAAAAAUAAGGCAGAAAUAUUAUCUUCGAUCAAAGCUGUCCAGCUGUCAAGAUGUGCAGUUACACGUACGGCGCUGUGAAGCCAUCGCUGAGGAUAGAACCCAGCAACUUUGGACGGACAUCGGAGAUUGCGAGUGUUUCUCACUACAGUUGGACGAAUCUACGGACGUGAGUGACACAGCCCAGAUGUGCAUUUUCAUCCGUAUGGUGUUUAGUGAUAUCACUACAAAAGAAGAGCUAUCAAUUACUGCCCAUGAAAGAACAGACGCGAGGAGAGGACAUAUUUCAGUCGUUUAAAAACUUUAUGGAGAAAACUCAGCUACCAGUGUACAAACUGAUGUCCAUCACCACGGAUGGAGCUCCCGCAAUGGUUGGCCGCUUGAAUGGAUUUAUUGCAAAGUGCAGGCAGGACGAUGAUUUCCCGGACUUCCUAAAUUACCAUUGCAUAAUCCACCAACAAGCGUUAUGCGCUAAAAUGCUCAACAUGAAGGAGAUCAUGGAUGUUGCAAUGAAGAUCGCUUGUUCUAUUCGCGCCAGAUCUCUUCAAAGAUGGUUAUUUCGUGCACAUCUGGAGAAGGCUGACUGCGACCACUCUGAGUUGUUGCUGCACACUGACGUGAGAUGGCUUAGUCGAGGGAAAUUCCUGCAAAGAUUUCGAGAGCUCUGUCCAGAGAUUAAGGAGUUUUUCCGUGUAGCAGCUGGACAUGCAGAAUACACGCAACUAAAUGACGGUCAGUGGCUGUUAGACUUGGCAUUUUUAACCGAUCUGACCAACAUGUUGAAUGAUCUUAAUCUAGAGCUGCAAGGAAAAGACAAAACAGUGAUCAAUAUGAUCAGCUCAGUUAAUGCUUUCAAACAAAAGAUGAAACAUCUCUCCUCAAAGCUGCAGCGCCAUGAUUUGGCAAACUUCCAGAACCUGGCGUCAGAGCUGGAGAUGCAAGGGAAGGCCUGUGUGCAACUUGACAGUGCACGCUACACAGAGCAGAUUGACAAUUGUCUGUCAGAGUUUGACAAACGCUUUCAAGACUUUUCUUUGCUCGAGCCAGUCGCUACAUUCAUGUGCUAUCCUUUUCGGGAAGAUGCUGAGGUUGAUUCCCUCGCAUCACAAAUUGCAACACUACUGGAGUGGAAGAUGAGAUUUUGACACUGCAAGCCGGCAUUGAGCUGAAGUCCAGAGCUCAUGGACAGUUCUGGAACUUACUCACAGAGGUAAAGUACCCCAACAUCAGGAAAUGUGCUACCUCCUUGACUGCAUUAUUCGGCUCCACUUAUUUAUGUGAGUCAGCCUUUUCCCACAUGAAGAUCAUUAAGUCCAAGUACCGUUCCACCAUGACGGAUGAACAUUUGGAAGUGUGCUUGAGGCUGGCUGUCAGCAGCUACUGUCCGGACUAUGCAUCCCUGACUGAUUCAAUUCAGUGCAAGUCAUCAGAGUAAACUCGGCUAGCUAGCAGCUAGCUGCUAAGCUAACGAAGCUAGCGCGGAGAAAGGCGUCGCCGGGCGCCGGUCAGAAGGAGUCUACUCCUGCACACCGUGACCAGGACUUCUCGGAAGACAGCAGGAACUUCACUCGGUGACAGAAAACACCGUGAGUAUGGCUUCCUGCGCGUCUUGCACCUUACUCACGGAGAGGCUGGCUCUGCUAGAGGGUCGUGUCCGCCAGUUAGAGCAGAGUAAUCUCGUAACUUUAGAUGUUGCGGACACAUCUGCUAGCGUUAGCUGUAGCGAGCUAACUAGCCCAGCCUGUAGUAGUCCUAAGCGGCCUACAAGCUACGGUGUACCGGUUGAGACGCAUAAUAGAUUUAGCUCU